CCUUCUUUCUCUCUUUCUCUCUUUUUACUACUUACUUACUUACUUCUUUUCCUUUUUUAACAGGAAAGCUGGAUAGAGACGGUGGUGUGUCUCUCCAUCCCGGCAUGUGUUUGGGAUGUAUAUGGGAACCAGGAGCAGGGAAGCAGCCCCAUCUACCUCUGGCUCCCAGGAUGCAGCCCCUAGGAUUGGGAACCUCCCUGGCAUCAGCCUCUGCACACUCUGAUGUUAGUCCUUUAUAACGUGCUCAGCAUGGAAAUUACACUCUCCCAAGCUGCAAGCUGUGAAUGUUGCUCCAUGAAGUAAAUGUCAGUGAAGCAGAAACUGGAUAAAGUCCUAAAACUCUUCCAAGUUUCUGAAGGAGACUGGACUAAUUGGCUCAAGACUAGCUGUUGAUAUGGGAAUAUAAAAGCUUUGCCCCUGUUGAUUUGGCCAGACUGGAGAAAAUAUGGCAGCAUUUCCAUCACCAGGAUGAUGGGAUCCUGUAGGGAUCUUUGCAAGCUGCUUCAGUGCCCUGCCAGCAAAGCAGGUCUCCCCUUUUCAUUGAAGCCCGUAGCCUUGUAGGAGCUGAAGAUCUGCUUGCAUGUCUUCAUCCGGAUCUGUUUUAUGGGAUUGGAAAGUGCAAAUCACAGCUAUGGAGACAAGCGUUUUAAGCAACAUGGCACAGCUAGGCUAUUUGCACAAAAGAGCACGGAAGAUACUCACCAGACUUUUCCUUCCUUACACUAAAAUGCUGCCAAUAACGAAUCUGCAGCACUGGCAAGGGAGGAGCCAGUUUCCAGGACACUGCCCGACCUGGUAAAACUGCUUUAAAUGAGAGGAGCUGAUGCAUCAAUGAACAUGCACUAAAUGACGUUGCCCUUUACCAGUUUUUUUCUGACGCGUGCAGCAUGACAGAGCUCCACGAAGCCGUGGCUGUGGGGGACUAUGACCUGGUGAAAGAGCUUUUGAGGAAGGGGCGCUGCGACCCAAAUCACAAGGACGUGGACUGGAACGACAGGACCCCACUGCACUGGGCUGCUGCGAAAGGGCAAUCAGAGAUGGUUAAGCUCCUCGUGGCUCACGGCGCCCGGCCCUGCCUGAGGAGUGACGCGGGCUGGACCCCGGCUCACUUUGCGGCUGAGUCAGGCAGACUGGGCACGCUUCGCACACUUCACUCCCUGCACGCGGCCAUGGACGUGACAGACCUCUUUGGCGACACUCCCAGGAGGCUCGCGGAAAUCUAUGGACACAAGGAGUGUGCCAAGUUCUUAGAAACAGCAGAGGUGGAGAGCAGAAACUAUCGCAGGACAGCUGCAACGAAAGGAAUCCCCUUGGACCAGAGAGAUGAAGACUGGGAACUCAAGAAAGAAGAGUUUGAGAGAAACUCAUCAUGUGCUCGGCAGAACUACACAACCUCUGCUCAAAAGAAGAAUCGAAAGAAAAUGGGGAAGCAGUAGUGUGCCCUGCCUACUUGGUGCCAGUGAGAACUUGCAGUGCAGAGCAAAGACACUGGCAGACCUCAGAUGCUUCUGCAGGGUGAAAUAUGGAUGAACAACAGAAGCAGUUGGCCACAAGAAUGCAUCUUUAUGAUGUACUGUAAAUUUUGUCAUUCUUAGGGAGUAGGUAGGAGUGCUUCUGUCCAUCUCUGUGUCUAUAUAUAUCAGACCUCAUAUAUCAGAAAACUGCAGAAGGUAUUUAAGUAUACUAAUACUGUAAUUCACUGAAAUAGAUAUAUACUUAUAGAAAUGACAGCAGCUACCCAUAUUGCUUGGGAGGGAAAUCUUUUUGUUCCUAUUUGACUGAGGAAAUCACCUGAGACUGUACUUCUGCUCACAGUAGUGAUGUCCAUGCCCUUUGCUUGUUUGCUUCUGGUCCUGAGUCAGACGGGGGGUCUUUAGGGGCUUGUAGCCUCUGGUGGUGCCUCUCUCUUUUCUUUGGCAGUGGGACAUAGUUGCGUCUUCUGGUUGCAGGGGACUCUGAUGUUGACCUUUCACUGGACACGAGUCUAACAGCCUAUAUCUACCAUUCUUAGUCCCGCAGAAGGGAAUACAUGCUCCCUCGUUACUGGUUUCAGACAUUUGUGACUGCCAAGACAGUUAGAGCACUGCCUUAUUUUUAGCAGUGCCCCCAGCAGUACCCCCAGCCAUUUUUAUAUCUGUGUUCACAGGAAUCCAUGGAACCACUCCUGAGCUAUCCCUCUUUCAUCCCUUACCCUUAUCAAAAAAUGGUAAAAGCAUUUUUUAACUAUUUCACUUCUCGAUUGCAAAAAAAUACUUGGAAUUUGAUCCAAGGCAGUUUUUCAUGCCAGCACUGGGCAGCCAUUCAUACCGACCUCUGACACCUAUGUGUCUGCUUUCCCUCCCCUUAUGGGACUUUCAGAGAUGGAAAAAGGUAUCUUCAGUGUGGUUUUGCAUUUUUCUCUGUGUGAAAGAUGUUAUUUUUGCCUGUGGAGCCUUGUGGUAUGCAAGCUUUUGAGGGGUGUUGUGACAUGGGUUGUAGGGAGUAAGGACAAUCUGUGGUCUUUUUGUGAAGGGACUUCAUGGUAAAGGAUCAACUUUGUGAGCAACAUCAGGAAAAGAAGGGAGGUAUGGUGAUGCCUGUCCUUUAAUGGCCUUUAGGUGGGGAGAUGUGUCCAGAUGGCAUUUAAGAUCCACCUCUCCUGGGGGAUGUGGGUGUUGCAGUUUCUCCUGUUGUGGAACUGGACUCAGUGCUCAGUGGGGUUUGGCAUCUGGUCUGAGAAGUGCAAUUGCAGCUAAAGGCAAACAGCUAAAGGCAAUGUGCUCUGACUGGCUAAUUUUGAUCAGAUGUCUCAGGCCCUUUUUUUCUUUUUAGCAGAACAACAUGAAUGUAUUUUUUUUGCCUUACUAGUACGGGAAAAGCCAGAAAAGAGUGAAAGGUAAUGGUUGGUAAAAAACAAAAACGAAAACAAACAAAAAACUUUCUUAUUAAUCUCUUCCCCUUUCAUUGUUGUGGGGAUGGAGAGGAAGAGGGAAGGGAAUGUUCUUUGCCCAUGGAAGAGGCAACCCUUAAAAUAAAGAGCUUACAAACC